CCCCCGCCCCCCCGUAAUCUCAUAGGAAGGGGCAUUAUUAAGAUAUGUGGCUUUGUUGGAGUGGGUUUGGCCUUGUUGAAGGAAGUGUGUCACUGUGGGGCGGGCUUUGAGGUUUUCUAUGGUUGGAAUCCUGCCCAGUAUCUCAGUUGACUUCUGUUGCCUGCAAGAUCCAGGAAGCUCAGUUAGUCCUCCCAUGACGCGUCUACCUGGGUGCCGCCAUGCUCGCCACCAUGAUGAUAAUGGACUGAACCUCUGAAACUCAGAUCUCAGGAGGCCGCCGGCGUAGACGCUUGCUUUUCUCAGCACACGGUUCACUGAUAUUCCAGAAAACUGAAGGCAGCCUUGGAAUCUCGAAAAGCCUGAAGGGCUUCCAGAAAAUGGCCUACAUUGGCCAGAUGGCCAACGCACAAGGCUCCAAAUUUCCCAUCUUUGACUAAAGGCAAGCUUACCUCCUGAUGUACUUCCUGCCUAUGUACCGCCCACCUAAGUGUAGCUCAAACACUUCCAGUGCAAUUGAGUGUGAACCAAGCUUCUUUACGGAAGUGAAAACAGGAUGCGGCUAAGCCGCCGGGCUCUCUAUGCGCUAGUUCUGCUGCUCGCCUGCGCCUCGCUGGGGCUCCUGUACGCCAGCACCAGAGACGCGCCCAGGCUUCCGAACCCUCUGGCGUUGUGGUCGCCCCCACAAAGUCCCCCGAAGCUCGAUCUGCUAGACCUUGCCCCUGAGCCCCGCUACGCACACAUCCCGGUCAGGUUCAAGGAGCAAGUAGUGGGGCUGCUGACUCCGUAUAACUGCAGUUGUGAACCCAGGGGAGGGAGCUUUGCCUUCCCGUUCCAGAGACAGGCUCGAGUCAUUGACCUCACUAAAGCCUUUACCGCUGAGGAGCUGCAGACUGUUUCUGUCGCCAGGGAGCUGGAAUACCAGGCCUUCCUUGCAAGAAGCCAGUCCCUGACUGACCAGCUACUCAUAGCCCCAGCCAACUCCCCCUUACAGUAUCCCCUGCAGGGCGUGGAGGUUCAGCCUCUCAGGAGCAUCCUGGUGCCAGGGCUAAGUCUGCAGGAAGCUGCUGCCCAGGAGGUGUAUCAGGUGAACCUGAUUGCUUCCUUAGGCACCUGGGAUGUGGCAGGGGACGUGGAAGGCGUGACUCUCACUGGAGAGGGACAGCCGAAUCUCACCCUUGCCAGCCCGGGCCUGGAUAGACUCAACCGGCAGCUGCAACUGGUCACUUACAGCAGUCGAAGCCACCAGGCCAACACAGCAGACACAGUCCGGUUCUCCACCAAGGGACAUGAAGCUGCCUUCACCAUCCGCAUAAGAUAUCCUCCCCAACCCCGGCUGUACCCACCUUCAUUUGUACGCGAGGGAGCCCAGUACAACAUCAGUGCUCUGGUUACCAUCGCCACCAAGACCUUUCUUCGUUAUGAGCGUCUACGGACACUCAUUGCCAGCAUCCGACGCUUUUACCCCACCGUCACCAUAAUCAUUGCUGACGACAGCGACAAACCGGAGCGCAUUAGCGACCCCCACGUGGAGCACUAUUUCAUGCCCUUCGGCAAGGGCUGGUUCGCAGGUCGGAACCUGGCGGUAUCCCAAGUAACCACCAAAUACGUGCUGUGGGUGGACGACGACUUUGUCUUCACAGCGCGCACGCGGCUGGAGAAGCUUGUAAACGUGCUGGAGAGAACGCCCCUGGACCUGGUUGGGGGCGCCGUGCGGGAGAUCUCGGGUUUCUCUACCACCUACCGGCAGCUGCUGACUGUGGAGCCGGGCGCCCCAGGCCUUGGGGACUGCCUUCGGCAUAAACGUGGUUUCCACCACGAGCUCCUUGGCUUCCCAAACUGCGUGGUCACCGACGGCGUGGUCAACUUCUUCCUGGCGCGCACAGACAAAGUGCGCGAGGUGGGCUUUGACCCGCGCUUCAACCGGGUGGCACAUCUGGAAUUCUUCCUGGACGGACUUGGUUCCCUUCGUGUUGGCUCCUGCUCUGAUAUUGUCGUGGAUCACGCCUCGAAGGUGAAACUGCCGUGGGUGUCAAAGGAUACGCAGGCAGACACUUAUGCCCGCUACCGUUACCCGGGAUCGCUGGACCAGAGUCAGGUGGCCAAACAUCGUCUGCUCUUCUUCAAGCACAGGCUACAGUGCAUGACUGCUGAGUGACAGCUGAUUGGGUGUUCCCACUGUCAGGCUGGGCCUGCCUCCUGAUCCCUGCCAGGAAUUCCCAACAACCCCUCCAACUCCUGACCCCUGACCCCUGUCCAUCAACCUGAUCCCUAACAGGGGCUUGUCCUGGUGACAACCCUUCCUUUCUGUGAGUGACCAGAGGCCUGAUGGAGCCAUAACCUUUCCCACAGCCAGUGCCAAGUCCUCCCCCAACCCCAUUCCAAUGGGGCAGGAAAUGGGGGGAUUCACUUUCCAAGUGCCAAAGAGCCCAGAAGGACUCUGAGACCCUCAAGUGGAAACAACUCUCGCCUCCUGAGGGGGCAGGGAAACUCCCAAUGUGCAACCCCAGGGACACGCACCCCGACCCCAGCUCUGGAUCCAGCACCGUGUGUCCCAGCUUCAACAUACCCCACAGGGAGCACUGUGACCGUUGUGUGGAGCUGGAGAACACAUGGUGAACGCCAUUUUCCUUGUGUCUGCAG